AUGUCCGUCCGCGGCGGCAACGCCCUGACGCCUUUUUCCAUCCAAGCCAUCCUCAACAAGAAGGAGGAGGGCGCCCGCCACGCGGCGGGGCGGCCGCCGCUCCCGGGGGCGGCCGGCGGCUGGCGGCUGUGCGGCGCCGCCGAGGACCCGCCGCUGCCCGCGCCCGCCGCCCGCGCCCCGGCCCCUCGGACGCCGGCGAGCUGGGACUCGGACUCCGCGCUCAGCGAGGACCCCGAGGGCGAGCGGCGCUCCGAGGAGGAGGGCGCCGGUGGCAGCGCCCGCCCCGCAGAAGCCACGGGCGGGGGGCGGCCGGCGGAGGAGGAGGCGCAGCCCCCGGAGGCGGCGGAGCGGGACACCACCGGCCUCAGCGACAGCGAGAUGUCGGCCGCCGUCUCAGAUCGCAGCCCUCCGGAGGAAGAGGACGGAGCGGGCAAGUGCGGGAAUCUGCUGCCGAGGGAGGAGGAGGCGGCGGCGGCUCCGAAGCCGCGGAAGAAGCGCUCCCGCGCAGCCUUUUCCCACGCGCAGGUCUUCGAGCUGGAGCGGCGCUUCAACCACCAGCGCUACUUGUCGGGGCCCGAGCGGGCCGACCUGGCCGCCUCGCUGAAGCUCACCGAGACGCAGGUGAAGAUCUGGUUUCAGAACCGGCGCUACAAGACCAAGCGGCGGCAGAUGGCCGCCGACCUCCUGGCCGCCGCCCCCGCCGCCAAGAAGGUGGCCGUCAAGGUGCUGGUGCGCGACGACCAGAGACAGUACCACCCUGGCGAGGUGCUGCGGCCGCCCUCGCUGCUCUCUCUGCAGCCAUCCUACUACUACCCCUACUACUGCCUUCCCGGGUGGGCUCUGUCCACCUGCGCCGCAGCUGCCGGCACGCAGUGAGAGGCACACACACACAACCCCCAGCCCCGACACCCCCAGCAUACACACUGGCAGCCAGGAAACCCAUCUUCCCUCUGCCACCCCCCCAUCCAUCAAUCCGUCCGCUCAGCUUCUCAAGUCCAGAGCCCCAGCUGCAGCUCUCAG